AUGGUAACCCCACGAUCAGCUGGGGGAAUUACAAGUUCACGAAGAAGUUGUCCCGACGAUUCAAAACGUGGUGGGAGUGCAGUGCCCGGAAAAGCAACGGAACCUAAAUUCGGUUUAUCUCAACGAGGCAACCUGGUGGUUCAGAUUGGCGAAUGGCGGUUCAAUAAGCAUGCCUGCUGGGGUUCCAAGGUUCGAUGGACUUGUAUCAAGAAGAAGUCAGGCUGUAAUGCCGCCAUAACCACUGUAGAUAAUGUUAUCGUCAAGACCCUUGGCGCUCACAAUCAUUAG